CAUGUUUUAGUUUAUAUUCACGAUGACACGGGCACUACAUUAUGUAUUUAAAAUUGCUAACCGGAGAAGGAGUCGUGAUUUUUUUGUUAAUAUUCUAAAAAUGAAGGUUUUGCGACAUGAAGAAUUUGAGGAAGGUUGUAAAGCUACAUGUAAUGGACCAUAUAACGGUAGGUGGAGUAAAACGAUGGUCGGUUAUGGAAGUGAAGAUGACCAUUUUGUACUGGAAUUAACGUAUAACUAUCCAAUCAGUUCAUAUAAAUUGGGUAAUGAUUUCGGAGGGAUUUGCAUUCAAUCAACGGAUGUGUUUGAAAACUGCAAGAGUUACCAGAUGGCUGUCAUUAUGGCGAGUGGGGAAGUGGAAAUUGAGGAUCCUGAUGGGCAUAAAUUUUACGUAUCACCGCAUGAUCCUCAACCGGCUGAUGCAGACCUGAUUUAUAAAGUGAAAUUAAAUACACCUGACUUGAAGGAAACUGUAGAUUACUGGACAAAACUGCUGAAUUUUACCAUGAUCAAAUACAACGAAAACUGUUUCAUUGUAUCAGCUGGUGAAAAAAAAAAAUUGGAAUUGGAAUGGAACUUCAUUAACGCCAGAAUUGAUCGCCAUACCGGCUUUGGCAGGAUAGCUUUUGCUGUUCCAGCGAAAAAGUUAGAAGCAAUACAAAAGAUGAUGGAUGAAGCGAAGCAAAAAAUUUUGACUCCUUUAGUAGAGUUAGAUACUCCCGGCAAGACAGCUGUUCAAGUUGUCAUUCUUGCUGACCCAAACAACCAUGAGAUAUGUUUUGUUGGUGAUGAAGCCUUCCGAGAAUUAUCACGGACUGAUCUGGACGCAGAUAUGAAACUGCUGAAGGCGAUCGACGAUGACAAAAGUGAAAAAUACAAAAUAUCCGUUUAAUAUGGAGAAUGCAAGACGACAUUAUCUGGAUAAAUAUAUUGAGAUAAUCGAAAUAUUUUUAUAACAUAUAACAAAAAUACUUUAUUUUUGUAUUGAAUCCAUAAUAGAAAUUCGUAGUAUAAAAGUUGUUUUACCUGAAUAUUUGUCAGGUAAGUGAUUCAUUAGAAACAAAACAAAACCUUAACUGAUAAAUCCUUUAUCCAGCUUCCAUUAUAGUUUGUAAAGAA